AUGAAUUUGAUUGAACAUCUUGCUGUAUUGAGCUUAAAUACCCAAUGGAGUGAUUUCUUCACUACAACUCCAAAAAUAUAUUGCUCAAAUCCAUCAAAUUGGAAUGGAGAUUACUAUGUUUUAAAUGUAAUUUUCACUAGUUUAUCGAACAGAGCUUUAUUAAUGGCAUUUUCAAGUAAUACAAAAGUGCUAAUUGAAUAUUGUGAUUUCACUAAUGUUUCGGCAACAGGAAAUGGAGGUGCAAUUAACUUUGGUUCAUAUGGUAUGUUUGUUGGAAAUCAUAAUUGCGCUGAUUCUUGUUAUUGUACUGGAUUCUGCCACUUUUCACUCAGUAUAGUUUCCGCAUCGCAAUCUGCCUAUAAUUUAAAUUUUUAUACUUCAUGUAAAAACUGUGGUCAAUACAAUCUAGGAAAUGGCACAAUAGGAAGUAUCGGAGGAUAUUGCUGGUUAAAUAAUUCAAAUAUUUCUGACUGCCAAGCAAUUACCCGUGCAGCUUAUCUACUUGAAGAUGCAUCAAGAAUAUCUUAUGAAGCGUAUUGUCAUAUAUCCAAUAACAAUAGUUCAUAUGCAUUCGUGAUGAAACAUUAUGUAGGAAAAACUGGCUAUUUGCUAUAUAUGAACUUCCUCAAUAAUAAUGUAGAUGAUUAUAUUUUUUGCUCAGAAGGGUCAUAUAUCAUAUUACAAAAUUGCUCUGUGAUUGAUAAUCCGUGCACAUCAACCUUUUAUAAUUUCCAAGGAGAGUUUGUUGUUACAUUCUCAUAUUUCAGUAACAGUGGAACCAUUGGAUCAUUCGUGCGUACUUCCUCUAUUUUGAGUUCUAGUUAUGUAAAUGAUCUUGGUGAUAUUAAUGAGGAUUUAUGUAUCACUGUACUACCAACAUCUAUCUGUACCCCUAUUCCAUCAACCCCAUUGCAAACUCCAAAAUCUACACCACUUGUAACAAUGCAAGCAACAAAUUCAAUAACUCCUGUCGUUACACCAUUUAAUACUCCAUACGAAACAUUAGCUAGUACUGCUAUUAAAACUCCAUAUUAUACGCCUUUGGCAUCUACAGCUUCUACUUGCCAACCUACAAUGUCACCAUCUUCAUCAUCUACGUAUGAUCGAACAAACAUUAUGAAAUAUUUGAACAAUAGAAAUCCUGUAUUCUUUAUAAUGCUAACUUAUUUCUAA